CCAGGUGAAUUGCAUAGACCUCAUUUCGGUCGCAAGAGCCUUUAUUCUAUUCUUCUUUUAUACCUAUUCUCUUUACUUACUACCUUGUCGUAAUUAAGUCCCCUUUCUCCUGCAACCCUUCUUGGUAGGUUUAUCGUUGGCCAACCAUGGCUAUGCAGUAUAUCAAUUACAUCAAGGCCAAGGCCCAUUUGGCCACGUCCAAGCCGUCCGAGACUCCUGUUCUUUCCGAGGAAGAUGAACAAUUCCUGGAUCGACUCACAUCUGCUGAUGAGAAUCCUCCUCCCCUGCCUGCUCGGCCGGAUGUGAUGGCAUCGAUCAAGGAUGCUCAGACAGCCCUUAUGGAUGGCGCUCAGAAUAUUCCUCUGCCAGAAACGCCAAAUGAGAUUAGUCAAGAGCCCUUAAUGACUCAGGAUGAUGUGGGAAGUGCAGAUGCCACCGCAUCUGCGCCUUCCAAAUCCAAGGCCACAUGGAGCUGGCUUCGACGCGACAGUCGGGAGAUCCGGCAACAGGGACGUGAAGCCACUGCCGCCGGACUCGACGACAUUGUCGCUAACCUCAAAAAGGCGGACGAGGAAGACAGUGAAGAGGUCAAGGAAGCCAAGAGAGAAGAGGAGGACAUGACCAUUGUCCUCGAAAGGCUCAACCUGGCUGCCAUCAACAAUCGCGUCUUCUCCAUUAGUGAUGAGACUCAAGAACUACUUCAGAAAUUCAACCUCGUCUUCAAAGAUCUAAUCAACGGAGUGCCGACAGCUUACGAUGAUCUGGAAAAGCUUCUGACGAAUGGCGAUCGACAAUUGCAAAAGACGUUCAAUUCCUUGCCGGCGUUUCUGCAGAAGCUCAUUGAAAAGUUGCCAGAGACGAUGACGAAAGGGCUUGCUCCGGAAAUCAUGGCAGCUGCAGCGGAGAGAGCUUCUAAGAGUGGUAUGAACGUGGGAAAUGCUGGCAAAGCUGCUGCAGCGGCUUCGAAACUUGGGUUUAAGACACCAUCGCUCAAAGAAUUGACAGGCAAGCCGGCUGCGAUUGCGGGAAUGCUUCGCUCCAUCAUCGGCUACUUGCGGGCAAGGUUUCCGGCCUUUAUGGGAGCCAACGUGCUAUGGUCGCUGGCACUAUUUGUGUUGCUCUUCGUUUUCUGGUACUGUCACAAGAGAGGAAAAGAAGUGCGACUCGAGAAGGAGCGCAAUCUUACAGAAGAAGAAGUGGAAAAGAUGGACGCAGAAUUCAAAGCCGAACAUGGUGGCGCGAUUCCAACUACAACAGCAGCAGCUGGAGCGCCCAUCGAAGAAGUCAAGGCCGGGGUCGAAGAGGUUAAGGCUCUAAAGGCAGCAGCUCUGAAGGAAGAUGCCGUGGCGGAGGGGCCAGUCGAUCCGGCAAUUGUUCCUCCGGUCACGGUUCCCUAAACGAGAAGAGAAAGAAGCUUGAGCUACGACGAUCUUUUUCGAUCCUGUUACGAUUAACGAGCGACGACAACAACUGGAGGGUGUAAUUAUGACGAGUGAAAGUCGAUUGUGGAGAACUGGAGUUGCUCUGGGCUACUGAGACGAUUCUGUAGUGUUUUGGGUCUGAUUUCCGAUUUUACAACUGGUUGUAUUGACGCAGUGGGUGCUCUGGGCGAUGGGCGGUGGGCGAAAGGGGCUCAGGUUGGCGGGGUCGAUUGUUGACUCGGAUCAUCCAGCCAGCAUGAUGCUGGACUGUCUCCAAGGCGCAGAGAAGCAAAAACAAAGCGCCAGGCCAACUUGUGACUCAAUAAUUAAUUGUCCAGAUGUAUUUUGACGGUAUGAACAAUGCAUGGAUGGUCAGCCUCGUCCACAUUCGAACGAUGGUUGGUCUGAUGUUGGAUGGUGACUGGCUAGAGGUGGCCUGGUAGGUGGCCUGUACCCUGUACGAGUACUCAUGCUGUACACCAUUUUCAUUAUCCAGAAGUUUAGCGCAGGCGAGGGGCUUCAUUGGACCCUUAUCUCGACUGUGCUCCGUACACUACGC